AUGCCUCUGAGAGUGGGAUAUGUACGCGAGCAUUUCUCGUCUCCACUCCUGCAGUACGCGGAGACCGAUGGUGGCAAGACCUUCGUACUCGUAGAAUGUCCUAGCGGAACAGGCCAGCUCAUUACACGUCUCACCAAUGAUGAAAUUGACGUCGCGAUUGCGUUGACCGAUCCUUUAAUCUCCGGUAUCGCCAAGGGUUCUGAGCACUACAAGCUGGUGGGCAGCUUUGUGACCACCCCUCUGAACUGGGCAGUCAUCACUGGCAGGGAUACGAAGUACAAGACUGUUUCUGAACUGCGAGGAACGACACUUGGAAUUUCGCGAUAUGGCAGUGGAAGCCAGACCAUGGCGUUCGUGAUGGCGCUCCAGCAGGGUUGGCCGACGGACAAGCUCCAGUUCAAACUGAACAAUGACAUCCGGGGGCUGCUCGACUCAGUUAACGAUGGCACGACGAGCGCAUUCAUGUGGGAGUGGUUUACCACCAAGCCAUUUGUAGACGCAGGGGAAGCACGCUUCAUUGGCUCUGUCCCUACCCCAUGGCCGUCCUGGCUGAUCGCAGCACAUCCAACACGCGCCCAAGCAGACUUUCUGCGCACCUUCCUCAGCACGCUUACAAUAUACGUCCGCACGUUUGACUCACAAGAGAAGCGAGCCCAUGAGGACAUAGAGUUCAUUAAGGAGAAGUUCGGCUACCCGGAGGAGGACAUUAAGGCAUGGUUGAAGACUGUUGGCUACCCGCAAGACUGCGCUGCCAUCCCCCGCAAAGUGAUCGCUGACACUUUGAACGUCCUCGAGAAAGCCGGCUACAUCAAAGGACCCGAAGAUGGAUUCGAUGUCUCCUAUUUCGUCGACACCAACAUCGUGAAGUUGGUCUGA